AUGUCUUCCGAAGAGAUACGGCUUGCUCAGAGGUGGUACGAUCAGGAAGCGUUGGCACCGUCGCAAAUAGCUCAACGUCUUGGCCGUGACAAGUUGCAUCACGUCAAGCAAGUUCCUCGUAAGAAGCAGGGCCGUCGACACCUAACUGAGCCUCAAGUCGAUCAGCUUCUACGUCGCCCGCACCAGAUGAUUGUCUCCGCCGAUGCGAAGUACCAUGUGACAGUGCAGAUGUUGCGCAAAGCCGCCAAAACAGGGGUUAGCGAGCGCAUCAUCUUGGAAGCCUGUCAUCGUCGCGGGGGCUACUUUCGGAAGCUUCGUGAGAAGCCCCUACUGGCUGCAGAAGACAUCCGAGCUCGCUUCGCCUUCGCCAAGCAGUACAAGGACAAAUCUGCAUCAUGGUGGAAUAGCCACGUCCAUGCAUUUCUUGAUGGACAGCACUUCAAGACCUACCUGACGUCGGCUGCAAGGAAGAUGGCGGCCCAGCAUCGCACCUUCGGUGCCUACCGUGUUCCUGGACGCGGCUUGAGUGGUGGCUACGUCAAGCCAAAGAGAGGUCUGGCCGCAAGCACACGUUCGAAGAGCUCCUUGGUCAUGGGCGCCAUCGGCAAGGGUAGACUGCUGCUUUGGCAUGCGGGACAGGCUGCUGCGGACUUGUAUGUUGGUCCCUUGAAAGCUAACGACCCUACCGGCUUCCAGUCCAACAAGGGCAAGAUGGCGAAGUGUGAGAGCGGCAUUUCGACCUUUGCAAUACCCACAAGAUCCCCGGACCUGAACCCCAUGGAUUUCUGUACCUGGUCGGAGAUCAACCGGCGCUUCAGGCGCCAAGAGGCCAAGUGGUCAGCUGCAAAGCGGGAAACCCGGCCGAAGUACCUGGCACGCCUGCGUCGUACAGCUCGCAAGCUGCCAGAGUCCCUCAUCACGAGUGCCAUUGGUGACAUGGAACAUCGUUGCCAGAGGCUGUUUGAAGCCAAAGGCCACUUUUUCGAAGAAAGUGGAGCUUGA